UGAAUUCGCAUCGUCCCUGUCAACCAGCCAUGGGAAAGAUCACCUUCUAUGAGGACCGGGGCUUCCAGGGUCGCUGCUAUGAGUGCAGCACUGACUGCCCCAACCUGCAGACCUACUUCAGCCGCUGUAACUCCAUCCGGGUGGACAGCGGUUGCUGGAUGCUCUACGAGCGCCCCAACUACCAGGGGUACCAGUACUUCCUGCGCCGUGGAGAGUACCCCGACUACCAGCAGUGGAUGGGCUUCAACGACUCAAUUCGUUCCUGUUGCUUGAUCCCCCAGACAGCCUCCCACAGGAUUCGACUGUACGAGAGAGAAGACCACAAAGGUCUCACCAUGGAGAUGAGUGAGGACUGCUCUUGCCUCCAGGACCGCUUCCACUCCGAUGAGGUCCGCUCCCUCCACGUGCUGGAGGGCUGCUGGAUCCUCUAUGAGCUGCCCAACUACCGGGGCCGACAGUACCUGCUGAGGCCACGAGAGUACAGGCGGUAUCAGGACUGGGGGGCUGUGAAUGCUAAGACAGGCUCUUUCCGAAGGGUGGUAGAUUUAUACUAAAAUGAGUUAACACUACCAUUUUCUCAUUUUGGAAUCUAAUAAAGUAUAUAGUCUGUAUUGUUGGCAA